CUUUCCCGUGCUGAAGCAGGCUGGAAUAAGGAGGGAGGGGCGGGGGGACAGUAGCAGGCUGGAAUAGUUAGGAGGGUGACGAACAGGUAGAAGCCAAGGGGGGAGAGCUGAGACAGUGUUGGGGGAGAGGGGCAGGAUGUACCCCCAGCUGGCGCUGUUGCUCCUGGCUGCCCCCCUGUGUUUCCCCCUGGAGACUGAGACUCCCACAGCUGGCUGCACCUUUGAAGCUCAUGGUGACAUUGGUCCCUGUGAAGUGACACAAGGCACGCUUGAUGAUUUUGACUGGGAGCUGGUUCACUUUCCUAACAGAGACAAUGGUUUGGCCCCAGGUUCUUAUCUUAUGGUGAACUCUUCCCAGCAUGCUCCGGGCAAGCGAGCACAACUGCUUUUUCAGCCACUUAGUGAGAAUGACACCCACUGCCUACAGUUCAGUUACUUAUUACACAGCACAGAUGCCCGGGGUCCUGGCACUUUGCGUGCUUAUGUGCGGGUGAAUGGGGGACCCCUGGGGACUGCAGUUUGGGAGGUUUCUGGACCCCGUGGGAGACAAUGGCACCAGGCAGAGCUGGCAGUCAGUACUUUCUGGCCUAGUGAGUACCAGGUUCUGUUUGAAGCUGAGGUGUCUGGUACUCCCCAAGGAUACAUUGGAUUGGAUGACAUUCUCUUAUUCAGUUACCCCUGCACUCGUGCCCCUCACUUCUCUCGAUUGGGGGAGGUGGAAGUAAAUGCUGGGCAGAAUGCCACAUUCCAGUGUCCUGCAUCAGGCAGGGCUAUAGAUGGAGAAAGUUUCCUGCUUCAGAGGCAGAAUGGUGGAAUUACUUCAGCCGGGGUUGUACAGCGUGUCAGCCACCACAGAUUCUUUGUAACCUUCCAACUUCAGGAUGCAGGACCAAACGAACAAGAUUUGUAUCGUUGUGUGAGCUGCUCUAUUCAUGGAGCAGGGGUUUCAAAUUUUGCUGAACUUGUGGUCAAAGAACCCCCAACACCAAUUGCUCCACCACAACUCCUUCGUGCUGGUCCCACCUAUCUUAUUGUUCAGUUGAAUACUCGGUCCAUCAUAGGAGAUGGACCCAUAGUACGCAGGGAGAUUGAAUAUCGUGUGACUGGAAGUUAUUGGAAGGAAAGGCAUGCUGUCACUGCCCACACCUAUAAACUCUGGCACUUGGAUCCUGAUUCACAAUAUCAAAUAUCUGUGUUGCUUACCCGCCCUGGAGAUGGUGGCACUGGAAGGCCUGGCCCAGCAUUAAUCAGCAGAACUAAAUGCACAGAACCUAUGCGUGCCCCAAAAGGCCUAUCCUGCUCAGCAGAACAGCCCCGCCAAUUAACCCUCCAAUGGGAGACAGUAGGUUUUAACAUUACUCGCUGCCACACAUUCUCAGUGAUGCUGUGUUACCGCACUGAAUUAAGUAGCAUGCAAGACUGUGUAACAGCAGAAGGAGGAUCAAGCCAGUACACCCUGCAUGGACUGCUACCAUAUAGUGCAGUUACUUGCCACCUUGUUAUCAGUAAUCCAGAAGGCAGAAAGGAAAGCAAAGAAGUGAUCUGCCAUACCCAGGAGGAUGUCCCAGGGAGCAUUGCCUCAGAAUCUCUUAUCCUUGUCCCACAAGAAGAUGCAGUAUUAAUGAUGUGGGAUAAACCUCUAGAGCCUAAUGGAGUCCUCACACAGUAUGAAAUUGGAUAUCAGAUCAUUGAGUCAUCUGAUCCAAGUGUGAGUGUGCCAGGAAUACGUGGCACAGUUUGCAAACUGCCUAAUGAGACGUCACACCUUCUAACAAAUCUUCUUCCUGGAUCCACCUACUUGCUAAGUGUUCGUGCACGAAACAACAAGGGUUACGGGCCAAGUGUUCUUACUGAACUUACUACAAACAUCUCAGCUCCAUCUUUUGAUUACAGUGACCUACCUCCUCCCCUUGAUGAGACGGAUAAUACUAUCACUGUGUUACUGAGGCCGGCACAAGGGAGAGGAUCACCUGUCAGCUUUUACCAGGUGUUGGUAGAGGGAGAGACAUCCCCUCGCUCCCGCCGUGAGUUGGGUGUCCCUGGCUGUUUUCCUGGAGCAGCAAGCUAUGAAGAGGCAGAGAUGGAAGGAUCCUCAAGAUAUGUGGGUGCAGAAAUUCCACCAAGUGAUUUGCCUCGGGACACUCCCUUCAUUGUGGGUGACAACCGUAGCUAUGGGGGCUACUGGAAUCCACCCCUGGAUCCUCAUAGAGGCUACCUCAUAUACCUCCAGGCUGCCAGUCACCAUCGAGGGGAAACACGGCUAAACUGUGUUAGAAUAGCCAGAAAAGCCCCGUGUAAAGACAGUCAGCGGUCUUCCAUGGCACCUCAACAUUCUGAUGAAAUGGGACUAGUUCUAGGAAUUUGUGCUGGUGGCCUUGUUGUAUUCAUCGUUCUCUUGGGGGCUGUUAUCUUGAUUGUGCGAAAAGGAAGAACACAGUUUUCUUAUGCAUACUACCCGAAACCAAUUGGUCUGACUAAAUCUGCACUGCCGUCAAGGCGUGAGAAUUCUAACUCUGCAGCACCCAGAGAACACACAAAGAUGACAGAUCAGCCAACACUGCUGCAGGAGGAGGCAGCGCUUGCAUUCUUGCACAAUUGCAACACCAGAGCGGGUGAAACCCGAGUUGGGUCUGUAACAGAGUCUAGCAGCCUUCUUGGAGGAUCCCCUAGACGUGGUGGAGGUAGAAAGGGCUCUCCUUACCACACAGGUCAGUUGCACCCAGCAGUGCGUGUGGCUGACCUGCUCCAGCAUAUAAACCAAAUGAAGGUGGCAGAGGAAUAUGGAUUCAAGCAGGAAUAUGAGAGUUUCUUUGACUGGGAUGUUUCUAAGAAAAAAGACAAAGGAAAAGGGCGGCAGGAUAUUCCACCAAAUUAUGAGAGACACCGUGUUCAGCUCCAUCCUCUACAGGCUGAAUGCAGCUCAGAAGAGAUUAAUGCCAACUAUAUUGAUAUUCGGAUAAACCGAGAAGGUUACCACAGGUCUAACCACUUUAUUGCUACACAAGGUCCAAAACAAGAUAUGAUCUAUGAUUUCUGGAGGAUGGUAUGGCAGGAACAUGUAUCUAGCAUAGUGAUGAUUACCAAGCUGGUGGAGGUUGGCAGGGUAAAAUGCAGUAAGUAUUGGCCAGAUACUUCUGAUACCUACGGAGACAUUCGAGUCACGUUGCUGAACACUGAGACACUAGCGGAGUAUUCUGUGAGGACACUUACCUUAGAAAGGCGAGGUUACACAGUCAGACACGAGGUAAAGCAGUUCCACUUCUUGUCAUGGCCAGAUCAUGGAGUCCCAUACCAUGCGACCGGGCUUCUUGCCUUUAUCCGCAGAGUCAAGUCCUCUACUCCCCCUGAUGCAGGGCCUGUUGUGGUUCAUUGCAGUGCUGGCGCUGGUAGAACUGGAUGUUAUAUUGUAUUAGAUGUGAUGCUGGACAUGGCUGAAUGUGAAGGGGUUGUGGAUAUUUACAACUGCGUAAAAACUCUUUGCUCCAGGCGAAUUAACAUGGUGCAGACACAGGAACAGUAUGUCUUCAUUCAUGAUGCUAUCCUAGAGGCCUGUUUGUGUGGAGAUACAGCUAUCCUUGCGUGUGACUUCAGGCAAACAUAUAAGGAAAUGUUACAGAUAGACACGCAAAGUAAUUCUACACAUCUAAGGGAUGAAUUCCAGACCCUUAACUCGGUGACUGCACAGCUUGGUGUAGAAGAGUGCAGCAUUGCUCUUUUGCCACACAAUCGAGACAAGAACCGCAGUAUGGAUGUGCUUCCCCCAGACCGUGCCCUUCCUUUACUGCUAUCUGCUCAUGGAGAAGAUACCAGCAAUUACAUUAAUGCUGUCCUGACAGAUAGCUAUACAAGGAGUUCAAAUGUGAUCAUAACUGUGCACCCCCUGCAGAACACAAUCACUGACUUCUGGAGACUGGUGUAUGAUUACGGCUGCAGCACUGUUGUCAUGUUAAAUCAGCUUAACCAAUCCAAUUCUGCUUGGCCCUGUCUUCAGUACUGGCCAGACAGUGGGAUAUCCCGAUAUGGGCCAUUGGAAGUGCAGUUUGUAUCAGGGGCAGUGGAAGAGGAUGUAGUGACUCGCGUAUUCCGUGUACAAAACAUCACAAGGGAUGAGCACCUUAUGGUGAAACAUUUCCAAUACCUCCGCUGGUCUCCAUACAGAGAUACACCAGACAGCAAGAGAUCUUUCCUGCAACUCCUGUCUCUAGUGGAGCAGUGGCAGGAACAAAACAGAGAGCACAGGACACUAGUACAUUGCUUAAAUGGUGGUGGACGGAGUGGAACUUUCUGCGCCUGUGCAAUGAUACAUGACAUGAUCCGAUGUCAUAGCGUUAUGGAUGUGUUCUAUGCUGUGAAAACUCUGAGAAAUAUCAAGCCGAAUAUGGUGGAGACCCUGGACCAGUACCGGUUUUGCUAUGAAAUUGCUCUGGAAUACCAGGAUUUCCAUGAAAACAGAUAGCACUAAUCAAUGACGCAUUUGAAGGAUCACCCUAUUAUUUUGCUCUAUGGCUAAACGGAAUGUGCCAAGCAGUGAUAAUGUCUUAUUGUGAUGCCAAAAACAAAAGGGACUUGGGUCUUAAUUCUUUUUUUGAUGCAAAUUAAAAGGGCUUUUUGAGUAAUCCAUUAUAGAACCCUUGGGUCCCAACCAAAAAGGGCAUGCAACAAAGUUUAAAAGUACAGGAAUUAAAGAGGAGGUUCACUUUGCACAUAAAAAUCAAAUAAACAUGCAUUUCAGAGUUAAUAAUGUAUAUAAACAUUUCUGUGCAAAUAAAAUACUUUUUUAAAAUACUUCUAUCCACCUACUUAGAAACUCUUAUGAUCACUCACUCCAAAUUAUAUCAAUGCUGAAAGUUAGAAAGUUGAAAGUUAAGUGGAGAUAACUUUCUUUGCAAUUGGCAAUCCCAUGAUUGCUUAUAACAAAUGGCUGGCUUGCCAACAGAGCACUGGACUAGACUUCAAUAUAGCGAAAGGUCUGACUUCAUACAAAUAUAUACAAGUCCCCACUCUGCAGCUCUGCUUUAUAUAUAUAUAUAUAUAUACAUACAUAUACAUAUAUAUAUAAUAUAUAUAUAUAUAUAGUAUAUAUAUAUAUAUAUAGUAUAUAUAUAUCAGUAAAUGGACUUGCACUCCAUAAUCAAGUGAAUAAAUGUGUCUUUAUUCUUCAAUGCAUAUAUAUACAUAUAUAUAUAUCUUUCUUCCACAGAUGAUUAGUUUAUUGUGGAUGUAUAUAUAUAUUAUAUAUAUAUACUGUAUAUAUACAGUAUAUAUAUAUAUAUAUAUAUAUAUAUAUAUAUAUAUAUAUAUAUAUAUAACUUGAAAAAAUCAUGAAAGUCAUACGAAAAUUCAUAACAUACGAAUUUUUCGGAUUUUCCACCUGAUUAUUUCAGAUUUUUGCCAGAAAACCACAAAAUCUUCAAAUUAUUGCAUAUUGCCCGUUGACUUAUAUACAACUUCGGCAUGUCUGAGAUGCCGGAAAAAUUUGAGGGUUUUGUUUUCACUAUAAAUUCGAAUUUUAUGGACAAAAAACUUGAAUUUUUCGAGUUUUUGGCUUUAAUAAAUAACCCCCCUCAGGGAUAGCAACAAUGCCAGAGAAUGGAUAGAGAUUGAUGUGGCCAUUUGAAGAGGCCUGAAACAAAAAUGUUUGAACAUAUUUCAGAAAAUUCUGUUUAUUUCAAUAUACUUUGCACAAGGAGAACCUCCCCUUUAAAAGGCCUACUAAUAUAUUUGUAUAAAUUUGUAUCUGUAAAUAAAUAGAAACAGUGAGAAACACCUAGCAAAUCAUAUAUUACUUAAAGGUGAGCCACAUUCAAAUAAGCAGAUCCAACAAGCUUCAGAUUCAUUGAAAUAGUUAGGGUUGGAUAGAUUAAACUGGGGGGGGGGGUGCUAGAGCUAUAAUUCUACAACAGCUGCCUUACCAAAGGCAAUCUAGGCAGACAGAAAUCCCAGGUGAUUGUUGAUAGUGACCUGAAGAAAUGGUUGUUGCCAAAGCUUCCACCACUCCUUGUCAAGUUAUGUGAAUAUUCCGAGAGGUGGAUUGUUCACCUUUAGUGCCAUUAGACACAGUGCAUGCAUCACUUGUGUCAACUUAACUUUAUACAUGAAACAGUGCGCUCACCACAAGUUUAUUGGGUUUUACUUCAGUGGCAAAUAUGGGGCCUUUUACAUCAUAGAACUUCUCUCUUGUCUAUGUGUUAUAUCAAAGAGGGCAACAUGCAGUACUCUUUGUAGAGAAGGGAAAUAGUCUCCUUGUAUGUUCAACUGAUGUCCCCCGUUAACUGUAAUCCCAUACAUCCAAUAUAUAUAUAUUGAGAUUGCUUUUCUUUUGUCUGUACAUAGAUUAAAUGAUGUUCCAACCCCAUAAGUGAUGAAGGGGUUUUUAAUGAUUUUAUUGUAAUUCAAUAAACCUGCUUGUUUUUCUUA